UGUUCUGUCAGUUUAGUAGUUUAGUAGAUAUUUUUUGAUGUGCUUAGUUGAAGAAAGUGAAUUUGCAUUUGUUAAAAAAAGAAUUAAUUAUAAAUAUUAAGGAAGCGUUUGUGCUUCGUUACUUAAUGUGUGUAAAAUCUGUUUGAAGUGGAGUAAUAAAUAUUUUUCUGAAACUGACUCAAAGUGCUGAAAUAUUUAAUUAUUCAUUAUAUGGACUGAGGACAAUGUGUUAUUAAAGGAAGAAGAGUAAACCAUCGAUAUGGGUCGAUUUACUGGGAAAAAAUGUCGGCUGUUGUCGAUGUUAUGGCUUACUACUUUUUUCUUUUUCGUGGAAAUAGUAGUCGGCUACAUUACCAACUCUAUGGCAUUAGUAGCAGAUAGUUUUCAUAUGUUAAGCGACGUGGCGGCAUUGGUAGUAGCGUUUGUGUCAGUACGAAUGUCGCCAAAAAAGUGGUCCAAAAACACAUUCGGCUGGGCCCGGGCUGAAGUCUUAGGAGCCCUUGUAAAUGCAGUAUUUUUAGUAGCACUAUGCUUCUCCAUUACAGUGGAAGCGUGUAAGAGAUUUAUAGAAGUGGAAACUAUCCACGAUCCUCCUCUGUUAGUCAUUGUCGGAGGAAUAGGUCUUUUAGUCAAUCUUGUAGGUUUAGCACUAUUUCACGAACAUGGGGCGUCGCACGGUCACUCGCACUCACCGGCGGCCGGCCUGUCGCACUCUCGCAAUCGCCUCACCCAGCUCGCCCUCACCGACGAUAACGAGAACGACGAGGCUUUUCCCUCGCCGCCACCUCCUCCGCCUCCCAAGGCCAUAUCGCACCACGGUCAUUCGCACGGCGGCGCAGGUCAGAUGAAUAUGCGCGGCGUGUUCCUGCACGUGCUCAGCGACGCUUUGGGAUCCGUCAUUGUGAUCGUGUCCGCUUUAAUAUUUUGGUUGACAAAUUGGAAAUAUAAAUUCUACAUCGAUCCGGCUCUAUCUCUGCUCCUGGUACUGUUGAUUCUCCAUUCCGUGUGGCCUUUGCUGCGCGACUCAGCUCUAAUUCUACUCCAAACCGUGCCGACGCAUAUUCAAGUUGACGCGAUUCAGCAGAGGUUACUGAAAAACGUCGACGGCGUAUUGGCGGUCCACGAAUUUCACGUGUGGCAAUUGGCUGGUGACCGAAUUAUUGCUUCGGCGCAUAUAAGAUGUCGUAACUUGUCAGAAUACAUGAAAAUUGCCGAAAAAGUUAAAGAAUUCUUCCACAAUGAGGGAAUUCAUUCAACAACUAUUCAACCCGAAUUUAUAGACUAUACAGAUAUCCCGACGACAUCUAAGGAUGGAGCUCAGGAUUCCGCUACAGAAGACUGCGUUUUAGAUUGUCCAAAGACUUCAGAUCAGCCAGCCAAUUGUGUAAAGAACACAUGUUGUGGUCCGUCCAAGGGAAAGGAUAGUCCCUCCCCCAGCAACACCCCCUACCUCUGUAGACAGCGAAACUCCACGAACAGUGUGAAUCAGGGAGUGAGCGACAUGGAAAAGGGAGAUCUUCUGGAAAAGGGAAACCUUCUGGAAAAGGGACCUGAAGGAUCUUUACAAGGUGACUGUGAUUGCAGUUUGAGAGGCUCGCAAUAUUCGCUUAGAGGUUAAAUAAAUAUAAGCAUCACGUUAAUGGGAAAACUCCAAAGGACCCUACAAUAGGAAAUACAGUCAAUAUUACAUAAAACUAUUUGAUAGUGUGAUAUCUGCCAAGAAUAUAGUACUUAAAAAGUAUUGAAUUUAAAUUAUACAAUUUGCAAAUAGAUGAGAGAACUAUUUGCUACAAAUAUUUUUGAAACUGCAUUCAGAGAUUUUAUGCUGUAAUUAUAGCCUGUCUCAUUCAAUAUAGUAUUUUCUCGUGUUCUAAAAUAUUGAAUAGUAUAUCUCAAACUGUUGAUAAUAAUACUCUUAUCUUUUUGUUAUCUGUGUAUAUGAUUAGUUAAUGUUUGUUAGAAAUAACUAGGUUGCAGAAUUUUAAAUUUACCAAUACGUAUUGAUUUUAUGAACUCUCCACUUCUGUUAAAAGACCAAAGUAAAUUGUACUCUGCCAUUGUACUUUGUCCUAUGUUAGACUAUAACCCAAUGUGAAUUUUACUUAAGUUUUAACAAUUAUAAUGAUAAUUUUAUUACUAUUUCAAAUUUAAAUAAAUCGAUCUAAAAUAAAAAAAAUUAAUAUCUUUGAUUUAAUGAAAAAUAUCUAUUAUAUUUAUUAUAAUUUGUAUUGUACUAAUUUUGAUUUUUAUAGUUAUUGUUUAUAAAUCACUGGACCAGCCACAAUAUCUUCUUUUAAAAUAAUCCUUUACUAUAUAUCAGAACAUCAAAUAUUCAAAAAUCUUAUAGUGUAUACUAUAUGAUAAGACUGCCUCGACAUUGACUACUUAGCAAAAUUUCUGUCUAAAAUCUGUCCAAUGAGUCAGAGAUGAUUUUGAGAGAUUUUUUACCUGUGGAUGACAGAUACUGUCAUGUAUCCACUCAUUGAACAGAUUUUAGUAAGACCAGCAACAUUUGAAUCAUGUGGUAUUUCUUCAUAUGCACUUUUAAUUUUAAGUCUUUUAGUACAUAAGGUGAUAUAGUUGUUAUCUUUUAUGUUUUCCUAUUGUGACGGAACACGAGUAAUUUUAUUAAUAAAAAUGAAGUAUUAAGUAUGAAUUUCGUAAAAAACUGAAAUUUGAGGUCGUUAAUAUCAAUUUAUUUGUAUAGUGUUUUAUUUGAUUUAAAAUAGGCUAAGUUAAUCCGCAAUGUCAAAAGUUGUAUUGAGGAAAACUUAAAAGAUUUAUUCUAUAUAGGUAUAUGUGUAUCCGUCUCAUCUAGUCAUUUGAGAUACAGUAUGUGUGAAAAAGAUUGUAACAAAUGAAUAAAGAUAUCUAUUUUA